GAGGAAACAAGAGUUGAAGGUUGAAACUGCUGUCAAAAGAACUGUCAACUGAGAGAAAAAGCGGUUUCAUACAAAAAUGCGUCGUUUGGACACUGCAGUAGUUAGCCUAUACAAUACCGUCUGAAGGCCGUAUGGGAGACAUGAGUGGUAAAAUCCGACAGAUUGCUGUAACCACUGACCCAGGCACCCCUUAUUUCCUGCGAGUAGACUGGGCCAUAGACCUUGGCGCUGGGUUCACACUAGCUCUCACUGAUGGCAGCUCUGCAUGGAUUGGAGAAGUUUCAGAAGAUGAGGUGACGAGGGAAGCCAAUGACAUGGGGGUCACAAGGGAGAGAUAUGUCAAGGAUCUUCUUCAAGCACUAACGGGAGGUGAAGAGGGAAGAGGAGGGGGAAGGAGAGUAGGUGACACAGAGGUGUAUUCUUUCCAGCUCACUCCAGAUCACUGUCAUCUCUCAUAUCAGAAGAUCUGUAACGGCAUCUCGGUGCACUUGGGCUCUGCAGAGCUUCAGCCAGCUCCGGACCCUCUAGAGUUGAACCGGGAGAUGAUUGGCCAGUCUCUAAAGCACAGCACAGAUCUGGAGACAGAAAACUGCCUGCUAUUGGAGGAGAACCAUAGACUAAAACAGCAGCACCAGCGAAUACUUAGACAGCUGAAGCAGCAGGUUCAGGAUAAGGAGAUGUUGGAGAGGGAGCUAUACUCCCGUUUUGUCAUGGUGAUGAACGAGAAGAAGGCCAAGAUCAGAGGCCUGCAGGAUGCUGUCCGUCAGCUCCAGCAGACCAAUGACCAGCAGAGAGAUGAGCAGAAGAGACAAAGUGACAAUGACACAACUCAAGGUGAAGACGGCAGCCAGGACAGAAGAGAGGAGACAAUUCAGAACAUCCAUCCAUCACUGGAACCAACCAUCCUCAUCACAGGUCGUGAUCUGACAUGCCAUGGCAUCCCCGUGGACCACACCUUUUCUGAUGAUGAGGAUGUACAACCGAGACGGAAGCGUCACUUGCUUCACUCCCCAAGCCCGGAACCUUCUGAGCUGGAAUAGUAUCACAGGUUUGUCAGAUAACCAGUGAAACCAAUGUGUCGCCAUAAUUGGUACCAUAGCUACUUUCCUUAAAUUACUUACUUUUAUUGGUUCAUAAAGAUGUCUGGGGAGCCUCUUUUCACAUACUGCAGCAGUACAAGGACAGAACUUAACAUAGAAAAUUUAGGAGAGGGCCAAAUUAUAUAUCGCAGAUUUUAAAGUAGGUCAUAUUAAGAUAGUGUCAACAUCACACAAACUUCUUACUGUUCCUUCAUUUAAAAAAAAAAGCUGUUCCAUGUGGCUCAAAACCAGAUUUUAACAGCAAUGCAAGAAAAUCAUUUCAAUCUUUGAGUUUAAUGGCCCUAUGAAACAUUUUUCUCUUUUCCCUCAAAAUUCAUUCAUGACUUUUUUUUCAGUCUCUGCAUUCAGAAAAACGUCUGACUAAACCACCGCAAUAACAGAUGUGGGGUGCCCUACUGAAUUUUUAUCUCCCAAUUACUUAUUCUUCUCCCUUUAACAAAUAUUGACUCAUCAUUUUAUCGUCACAGAAAAACCCGCAGAUGCAGAAUGUCUGCCACUUCCCAGCAUCCAAUGGUCACAGCUCUGGCCUGUUAUGUCUAGUAUUUUUUUUUCUCUUUAUCUUUUGGUAUUGAUUGCAUUACUCAUCAGGGAUAUAGUUGUCCCGCUGUCUUUACCACAGAACUAGUCUUAGAUGUGGAGUUGGUCUCCAGCUGCUAGACCGGUUACCAUCAUCUCCUAAUAAGCAGGAUGGAUUAAAUGCAUGACAUGACAUGUUUGGGGUUUUUUAAAAAUGUACUUGGCAAAAAACAAACACAAUGUUUCUUCAUAUUCUAUCAACGGUAUAUAACCUCAUAAACGCUUCUGAGUUUCCCUUGGGAUUGUGGCUAGAAUUUAAAAUGUAUUUCUAUGGGUGUGAACAUCUAACAACAUGACUUUGUAACGGUGGACUCACUGGUGGGUCUGACAGACUUAAAGAGAUUAAUCAGCCCCUGUUAAUGUUUGGUUUUUCAGUGUCUCCUGUUCUGAAUAUCCGGCUUAAACAUACAAUGUUGUGAGGUCUUUUCUCAUUCAGCAGCUGGAUGUUCUCUCAUACUGAUGCACUAUGGCUGAAUGACCAUAGAUUCUUGGACUUCUGCUUUCUAGGACUGCAAAUGGGAUCACGCAAACACUGCAUGUUGUUUGUAUGCUACUGCUACACAAGAGUCUGAGUCUGAAAAGCAACAUUUGCUGUAUGUAUAGUCUGAAAAAAGCUUAAAUAAAUAUUUUAACCCUUUUA